UACCCUGAGACUUUCGGUAAAACCUGAAACACUCCUUAUUGAAUUUUUAAAAACUUAAAAAAAAUGUCGAAAAGUUCCCGACAUUCCACAGUAGAAAAUCUGCGUAAAUCGCAGAUCCCAAAGCAAAUUCCCAAAAAGGCAGCGCCUCGCCAUAGAUCCUAUGAUGGGGAUGCAUUCGUGAAUCUCUUUGGUCAUCGUGGAGCCCGUGAUAUCAUGAUUUUGGAUAAUCGUGGAGUUCCCCUGCGAUCCACUGCCAGCCAGAGACGCACCUUUCAUUAUGUUUCGAAUCUGAAGCCCCUUCUUUUUAUGGCCCGCAAUGUGGUCAGGGAUCUGGAUCCCUCGAAUGAUAUAACUUUCAUGAGAAUUCGCUCUAAUAUUGGCGAAAUACACAUGACUCUGGGCGUGGAAUUUAUUUUGAUUAUUGUGCAAAAGCUACGAAAACUCAGAAGAAGCCUGACAACAUAAAAUAUAGUUCGCUAUUACUGUGCGUGUGCAAAACCUAAUUGAACUGUACUCAUCGUUACACUA